UGCAAAUUGGCGGCAGAUCGCUUGAUCGAUCAGCCCGCUGAUGUCACGAAAUUUUGGGGCGAAGGGGAGCGCUGGCUGAAAAGGCCAGCCCCUGGCCUUUAAAAAGCGAACUUUGCAUUUUCUCCUCCACAAAACUCCACCAUAUAGUACAAAAACUCCUCCUAUGUCAAACACAGUCGUAGCCGCAGUGUAUCGGUACGUCAUCGACGACGUCGUGCGCAACGUCCAGGGCGACUUUGAGGGCCACGGCGUCGACACAUCAGUCCUCGAGGACCUGCAGCGCAGCUGGGAGACCAAAGUGAUCGAGAGCCGCGUCGCAGGCAUUCCCCAGCGAGAACGGGCUGCACGACACGCACGAUGACUAUGCGCGGCCGGCCCAGCAGCCGGCGCCACCGAUCAAUGCAGCGGCCUCGCUGGCGUCGAUUAUCAAUAACCCCAGAGAGCAUGGCACCCACCGCUGCCAGCCUGGCGUCGCUAGCGCAGUCUGGCCGCCAGCUGGAGGACGACGAGGACGACGACACGCCGAUUACAUCUCGGCCGCAGUACAAGCAGGCACACCAUGCGUACCAGGGGCAUGUGCCGCAAAACGACGGCGCGGAUGAUGCGCGCGAGGCGCUGUCGCCGAUGCAGAUGUGGGAGCGGAUGAGGAAUGAGCGGAAGCGGAUCUAUGAGAAGGCCAGGGAACUGGGCGUACCGCAGGUGGACGGUGCAUCUGACAAUGACCAGCCAAAAGGACCUGUGGAAAACCCCGAGGAUGCAAUCAACUCAGACCUCGAUGACACCGACGAGGAGGAUGAGGUCGAGGGCGGUGGCGAGGAGACAGAGCAUAUUGUGCUGUGCCAGUACGACAAGGUCACACGGAGUAAGAACAAGUGGAAGUGCGUACUCAAGGACGGCAUCAUGCUGAUCAACGGCCGCGACUAUCUGUUCCUGAAGGCGACCGGCGACUUUGAGUGGUAAAUAGGCGCCGGUUUCCAUCAAUUCCUUACCGUAAAUUAAUUUCUCGCUGUUUCUAAACAUUCUCCAUCAUCUC